CCUGCCGCACGCACGCGCACUGCGCCGACCAUGAGGGUCGCGGCUCUGAUCAGUGGUGGGAAGGACAGCUGUUACAAUAUGAUGCAGUGCAUUGCUGCUGGGCAUCAGAUCGUUGCUUUAGCAAAUCUAAGACCAGCUGAAAACCAAGUGGAGUCAGAUGAACUGGAUAGCUACAUGUAUCAGACAGUGGGCCAUCACGCCAUUGACUUGUAUGCAGAAGCAAUGUCUCUUCCCCUGUAUCGCCGCACCAUAAGAGGAAAGAGCGUGGAUACAGGACAAGUGUAUACCAGAUGUGAAGGUGAUGAGGUUGAAGAUCUCUAUGAGCUUUUGAAACUUGUUAAGGAAAAAGAAGAAGUAGAGGGAAUAUCAGUAGGAGCUAUACUCUCUGACUACCAGCGUGUUCGAGUAGAAAAUGUGUGUAAAAGGCUUAAUCUCCAGCCUUUAGCUUACCUUUGGCAGAGAAACCAGGAAGAUUUGCUCCGAGAGAUGAUAUCAUCUAACAUUCAAGCAAUCAUCAUCAAAGUAGCAGCUCUAGGUUUAGAUCCAGAUAAGCAUCUUGGAAAAACCCUGGAUCAAAUGGAGCCUUAUCUCUUAGAGCUUUCUAAGAAGUAUGGAGUCCAUGUUUGUGGAGAAGGUGGAGAGUAUGAAACAUUCACUUUGGAUUGCCCUCUAUUUAAGAAGAAAAUAAUUGUGGAUUCAUCAGAAGUAGUCAUACAUUCAGCUGAUGCAUUUGCACCUGUGGCUUACCUACGCUUUUUAGAAUUGCACUUGGAGGACAAGGAAGAAGACCAAAAUAAAACUCCACCUCUCAUCUGGAAAUCAUUGACUUCCCUUCUACAAAACAAAUAUGUGUAGAAACUAUGUUGCCAGAAGAAGUACUUUUCUCAGUAGACUGCCUUGUCCAUCAGAGUGAUAGGAAGAUUGGUUAUGGGCUCUCUCAUCCUAAAGAGGUUCUGCAUGUUCAGAGUAUUUCUCAUUGGACACCUGCUAGCAUUGGACCAUCAGUCUAUCAGGUUGGAGAAGUCAUGUACCUUGCUGGGCAAAUUGCACUAGUACCUUACACAAUGAAACUUGUGAGUGAUGGAAUACAAACAGAAGCAUCCAUGUCCUUAAGCCACACCCUGAAAAUUCUGGAAGCUACACAUAGAGGCGAUGGACUUCACUACAUUCUCAUGACUCACUGUUAUGUAACGAGCAGCAAGUUGAUUGCAACUGCUCUGGAUACCUGGCAGAAGAACUUAAGGACACACAAAAAGGAGGUCGCUUGGCUCUUCACCAACUUUACAGCAAAUGGUAGAGAACUUCAUCAGACUAUUUUUAGGAUCAAUGUCUAAGAGCUGUUCAGAAAAACUGCUUCUAUGGAAGUGAAGCACAGCCACAGCCUGAUAAUACCCCUUAAUUCAAACAAUAUUCUGAAAAACCUAGAAAUCCUGAAGCAGAGGUGGGUCAGUUGUGUACACUUCAGUGAUGCUGAAAUGGGAAUUGGUAUUAUACUCAUUGACAAGUGAGGAAAUUGAGAAGUUAAGUGACUGUCCUAAGAUCACACAGCCAGUAAGUGGCAGAGCCAGGAUUCAGUCUGAGGUCAGGCAAUGUGCAGUAUUACCAGCAUAGACUGCAGCGUAAGCAAAUUGGUAUACAAAAAGGCUAUUAUCCACACUCACAAAGCAGAGGAAAGUAUAAGUCACUAAUACCAAGUGGACUUGUGAUCUCUGCAAAAACGAAACAAACAACAGUGCUUAAAAAAGAGUGGCAUAGGUAUGUACGUAUAAAGUACAUAGGAAGCAGAAAAUAUAUACCUGUUUAAAUAAAGGUGCAUGUGUUUAGAAGGCAAUGACCAUUUUUAAAAAAUCAUGUAUGAUCUUACUUGUUUUGCAAAGGAAUUAUGGGACCUGGAUACUGAAUGUUAAGCACCCAUCUCUACAUCACCUUAAAAUUUUUUCCUGCCUACGAGCGUCUCAAAAGUAAUUAGCUGCUGGAUUUUGAAGUCCAUCUGAUAUGUUCUUAGCAAAAGCAAAAUACUACUGUGGUUUUCCUUUUCCCUAGAAAAAAAGGAAAUUAGCGAGGCUUCAACUGAUCAAAAAUCCUUUCCUUGUCUUCUAGAUUUUUAUUUCUAAUUCUGAAGAACAAGUGAAAAAUUUAGCAUGCCUAUUUUAUUUUAUUAUGUUUUUUGGGGGGUGCACCCACAGCAUUUGGAAGUUCCAGGGUCAGGGAUCAAAUCCAAGCCACAGCUGCAACCUAUACCACAGCUUUAGCAACACUGGAUCCUUAACUCAUUGCUCCUGGCCAGGAAUGGAACUGGCACCUCUUUAGUGACCCAAGUGGCUGCAGGGACAAUGCUGGAUCCUUAACUUGCUAUAGCACAGUGUCAAAAGUUUGAGUUCUUUUCCUUCUAAACAAGUUUUCCCUGGUUUCAAAAUAAUUAUAAUGACCUAAGAUAAAAAAGAAAUAUAUUGGCAUUUCUUUGCUUUGAAUUUGCUCAGUUUAUUCAUUUCUUUAAACAAAUGUUUGCUAGUUGUGACAUUGUGCCAACCGUGAGAGCCCUUGCCUUCCUCUAGUGAGAGUCAGGCAAAUGGUGAGCUAAGUUGCCAUGAUAACACUAGAAGAAUGAAAGCUCCAUGGAGGCAAAGGAUCUUUAUCCAUUUCUGUUUAGCAGCAUAUCCUAACCACCCAAGCCAGGACCUGACACACAGCAGCCACCUGAGAGAUAUUUGUUGAAUGCUGCAUGGAUGUAACUAGGGCAUAAACACAGGUCUAAGAGGCUAUGGGUGGGGCAGACAGAGUUGGAUUAAAACCUGAAAAGUCUUAUAAGCCAUGCCAAGGAAUUUGAACUUGGAUCAAAAGUGGUUGAAUGAUAUUAAGCAUGCAGGGGCUUUCAAAAAAAAAAGGUAGCUAUAUCUUUAAAAAAGAUUCCUCUGGCUGAACUGUAGCUAAUGGAUUGAAGAAGAAGAUGGGAACUGAAGAGGCCAUUUAGGAGGCUGCACAAAAAUCCAAGCAACACAUAAAUGACAGUGGCCAAAAUUAAAAUUAAAGUAAGAGGACAGAAAUAAAUAGGCAUAUUUUAAGUGAUUUAAGGAGUUAAAAUGAUAAGACAGUGGCUGCUUAGAAUGAACUAGGGGGAAGUCACUAAAAAGACAGAAGAGACAAGGACAAGACUCUGCUUCCCAGCCUUGGACAACAGAGUGGCUAGAUGACAUUUCCCAAGAUGAGGAAAAUGUAUUUAGUAGGGAAGGUGGCAAGUUUAUUUUUGGAUAUGCUAAGUUGUUUAAAGCAUCAAUUUGCUAUAUCCUGGGUUUCAUACUGAUUCCCUUUUCCUACAUCCCCAAACUAGAUUUGCACACAUCCACUGCAAACAGACAAAACAAACUCAAGUACCUAUCAUAGUAGUUAUGAGUGUACUUUGCUUAUAUAUGACAUAAAUUGCAUGAAAAUAUUCUUCUUCCCUCAUAAAAGCAUUUUUGAAAUGCAAAGGUAUACAAAGAGUAAACUAUUUUUGAGUUAAUCAUUGUAACUAUCCUGAGUUGUGCUAGUCAGUGAAAAGCAUGAUACCACAAACCAAGUCACAAUAAAUGAUGUGCUAUGCCCUUAAAGGGUUAUUUAUAAGUGUAUCUGUAUAGGUAAAUAUACUUCAGUAUUUUUGCAUUUAUAGUUGUAUGACAUGCAGGGAUGGAAGUUAUAAGUUGAGUUGAAUGUAUAUGUCUACAUAUGUUUUUGAAUAUAAUAUCAUUUUAAAUUUUUUCUGGUUUUUGGUUCUACAAAAGAUAUUAAAAUAAAGAUACAAAACGUACUCAAAAUGAAAACAUACAGAGUUCCUGUCGUGGCUCAGCAGUAGCCAACCUGACUGAUAUCCACGAGGAGGCAGGUUUGAUCCCUGGAUUUGCUCAGUGGGUUAAGGAUCCAGCGCUUCUGUGAGCUGCGGUGUAGGUCACAGAUGCAGCUCGGAUCUGGCAUUGCUAUGGCUGUGGUGUAGGUUGGCAGCUGCAGCUCCAAUUAGGAACCUCCAUAUGCUUUGGAUGUGCCCCCCCCAAAAAAAGCAAACAUAUGUAAAUAGACUCUUACUUUAUCUUGGUAAUUAUGGGCAACAAUUAUUACUCAAUUGAUUAAAAUUAAUUGAGCUAGUAACAGAAAUACUUAAUAUGUCACCUGUAUUUCAAACUGUUUCCAUUUAUUGGAUAAUUAAUCAAUUUACUAAAUUCUUAUUCAAAUAUGUAUAUGUAAAGCUAAUACAGUUUCUGAAAUAUAGCCAAUCCAUGCUGACAUCAAUGUCCUGAUUGUUUUCUUUUAUUUCUAGAAAGAACACAAGUGUCAUGGCAAUGCCAAGGCCACAGGUAGAGUCCAGGGGGUAGUGGCAGUUCCUCAGCUCACUAGAGAUGCUGCCUUUGAGUGGCAUGUCAUUGUGGUGGCAGAUGAACCAUCUAGAAGGAAGCAUUUUGCUUUGAAGAAGAACUCUGAGGGUUUUCAAACUAAAUGUGAAGCUAUGACUUCCAGUGAGUCUGUGUCCAUUACUUUAAUGUGGACAUCAACAUUUUUUUCCUCACCUGACUUAAACAGGACUCUGGAAGACCUGAUGACUAUGUUUGUGUAUGUAAGAAGACUGAAGACAACCAAGCUGCACCAUUGUAUUUUAGAACAUUCUGUGAAAAGUAUAGCAUUAAUGUCCAUGUACUACCAGCAGGUAAGAGAGCUAUUAGAGAAGUGAAUAGUAAGUACAGACUAUGGAGUCACAUCAUAUAUGCUUCUCAGAGAGAGUUUGAGAGAAAGAAUAACAGAAGUAGCAUGUAGAUAUUUGUCCCCAGUCCAGUUAGUGAAAGUGAGCGUGAGACGGGAGAUGGGAAUCCAGAGUUGCCUCUGUUGAUCUCAGCUCUCAUGCCUUUGUGUGAACUUCUCACUACCCUACAAAUGAUUCUAGUGUUUAAAGAUAUUUUUCCUACUGUAUAACCCUCUGUAUUAUAUCCAAACCAUGUUGUACACAUAAGCACUUAGACAUACAUAUUAGUGAAGAGGUUUGUGUGCACAGUACCAUGAAUGUUCUGCUUUAAAGACUUAUUGGAUUUAGAGCAACAGCAUGGAAAUCUGACUCCAUGAUAUAGGCACAUAUAAAUGGGAGCUGCAAUGGGAGCCCCACUACUCGUGUUCCAAAAGCAUUUUACUAAUAUGGCUUUGAUACAUCCUUCUAAGAGAUAGAAACAACAAAUGUGCACUUGCCAUAUUUCAGCAGGUGGCUUAGUUAUCAAAACAAGGGGUCUGCAUGAUGGCAGAUAAUACAAUAAAGGGAAUGUAUAUACACAUAUAUAAAUACGGCUGGGUCAUUUGCUAUACACCAGAAAUUGGCACGACAUUGUGAAUCGACUAUACUUUAAAAAAGAGAUAAUUCUAUAUAUGUCUGACCAGUUUAGGCUUCAGUGGGCAUCUAUGAAUAAAAUCUUGAAAAUUUUGGGAAAACAAAACAAAAUAAAACAAAAACAAGAGGUCUAAACCAAAGGGUACAACUCAUUCUCAUCAAGCAAGUCAUGGUCAAGAGUCAGAAUGUGUACUUACCAACUGGUUAAUUUCCAGUUUGAGUAGUGGUGAGAUCAUCUCACUAGUUUUGGUUUUCAUUGGACCAGUCUCAUGUAAAUAGGACUGACUGAAUUUGAUUCAGAAUGAUCAAUGCCAAUUUGAUAUACUACUGCUUUAUUGUAUUAGCCUAAAUUGUGUGCAAAGCACCUUAGUGGGUUUCCAAAUGCAGUUGUACCCCGGGCCUUGCUCUAGGUGAAUCUGAAUUCAAUUAUUUGCAAAGUGAAUGGUGUUUUGAACAUUUUAUGGAAGUUAGCUUUUAAAAUGCAUUGCUUCUUAUAUCAGAUAAUUCUUAAGAUAACUAACUCUCUGCUCCUUUAUUUUUUCUUUAAAUACAGAUUUAAUAUAUAGAAUCUGUUUAAAGCAAGAACCUUUCUGUAGCUAACAUCUUCUCUCUAGUCUUUUGGUGAUUGUUUCUGGCAGACUGAACAGAAUAAUAACACUAUAUCACACUAAUAAUAACAUUAUCUUUAUAACAUGAAGAAGAGACCAAGUCGCAAAUGGUUCUGGUUACCAUUCCAAGAAUUAGUCACCUGGUUCCUUAGUGGCUGGUAAGAUGUCCUUGUUAUCUGAAUUCUGAUUCAAUGUUCUCUUCACUACUCCAGGGUCUGCUACAAAGAAGAAAGGGGAAAUAAGUGUAUGGAAAAUGGAGAAGUGGCUGCUUCCACAUGAUAUAGGAAAGCCUAUUGAUGGCUUUAAAUUGUCUCAUAAAGGGAAACACAGAGACUAUACUAAUAAACUCAGUGCCUAAUGAGCAUAACUACAUCUUUUUGCAGCCUUGGGAUUUUCCACAGUUUAAUCUUUUGUGAAAUAAAAUGCACCAUAAUGGCUGUAACAUACCACCCUUGAACAACUUCAGUUUUGGAGAAAUACUUACUACAUUUGUCUUCAUAAAAAUAAUUCUGGACAUAUCUCUUUUACCUGAAUGCUAGUAUUUAAGGAAAGAGUCUGUUCGCAUUUUUAUGAAUAUGAAUAUGACAUGAAAUAUUGAUCUGUUUUAACUUAAUAAUGUAAAAGAUGGUGCUCUAAGGGCCCAGUAUCCUAUUUUUUCCUACUUAACCUGAAGCAAUAUUAAGAGGAAAUUCAACCUGACAUUCUUUAAUAUACUUAAAACAUAAGAUAAAGAAAGCAAUGAAAAUGUAGCAAAGAACAAGCUCCUCUCAUUCAGGAACAAAGGAGUAAACAGAGCCUGACAGAAUCUGGUGGUUGUUCUACAAGGACUAGUUUUAGGAGAAAAAAAAAUCAACCAGGUAAAAUGUAUUUUCUUACUGCAGCAUACCUGCUUGAUUGCUGACAAUCCGUAAUCUCUCGUAAGAUUUUCUGAAUAAAUUAUCCUCACUUUGUUUGAAAAAGAAGUUUAACAUAUAUUUAAACAGGGCAGUUUUGUGGUGGAGAGGAACUGUGCUGAGCUAUGCGUUAUACUAAUGGCAUUGGGUGUAGAAUGAGUCAUCAUGGUUUUUAUUUAUUCAUUCAUCCUUAGAUCCUUUUAAAAGUCUCCAAGGCCCUAAUGACCAUCAUCAUUAUCAUCAGUAAAAACUGCUUUCUGGUGAAAAGGCAAUAGGCAUUAAAUUUAGAGGCAGCAUUAAAUUAUCAGUAAAAAGGAAUUGAAAUAAUACUGCAUGCUUAUUCCAGGACACAAUACAUCGAAAGUUCACACAGCACAGUCAGGUACUCUUCUUUGGAAAAUCUGAGAUUAAGUUGUCCUCUUCUCCUUUACAAGGUAAUAUCAUUUGACUCAGGAGAAAAUAAAAUAUAGGACAAUUCCUUUCCAGCAUUGAAUUUUGGAAGUCAAAAGUAUCAGUCAUAAGAAGGUUCUUAAUUAAUAAUAAAAUUUUAAGAAUUAUCAGUAUCAAAACUUUAUUUUGAUCCUUUCCUCUACCCACUAUAGUUCCUCAGAUGUAUUAAAUAAACACUGUCUAGUGAGUGAAAAAAAAUCUGUGAGAAGUGUUUUGAACUAAACCUUAAGUACUUUCUGUCUCAGAAGUAUUUUAAAUAUUCCAUUGUCAUUCAGCAAACAUAAUAGAGGCUUUACUUCCCUGUGUAAUCUCCAGCAAAAGAACUAAAGCUAAUUUCAAAGGGUCAAAUCCCACUCGUUUGGGGAUGAAUUUAGUGUGUUAUCUGAAAACAGGGAAAGUUACUGCCUAGUGAUUAAUCCAGAGGGUCGUAAUGCUUGGCUGUCCCUAUCCAUCCCCUUCCUCAUAAUCCCACCACAAUUUGGGCAGUAGAUGCAGUUAUGAAGUUAUCAUGAAGAGAGCAGACCAGAGAAGAUGACUUCAUUCCAACAUUGUAGGACAACUACAAGACUGGCAGGCCUGCAGGGUGCCGCCCAACAGUUGGCAAGCCAGCUAGGAGGCCAAGAAAGCUCCCAUGAGUGCCAGGAUGUCAGAAAAUAAGAAGGGGAAACAAAGUUGGUGGCCUAUGCCCGACCAUCCACCAGCGGCUGAAUGGGGCCCUGUAGCAGCUGAAUAUAAUGAGAGAAGUCUUUUCUUGUUCAUUGUAUUGAUGAUGUUUGUGGCUCAUCUGACUGCACAGGGAUGGCUGGUCAAUACAGACAAAAUGCAAGGACCUGGAUUAUCUAUCAAAUACUUAGGUGUUAUUGGCUUGGGCAAGGCAAGUAUACCUCCAACUCACCCCCCUUAAACAAUUACAGACACAGGCAUUAGGAAUAUUAACCUGGGGUCAAGCUUGUGAAUUGGAUGUGGCCAGCUACCAGGAAGGGUUGGGUUGACACCUGUGGCAACAGCAAAGUAAUGAGUACCCUUGGGCUUCUGGUGCCAGCUCUGGAAGCGGGCAGAGCCCCAAUGCAGCAUGAUGGACAACAGCUACAUGCUGUCUGCAGUGUGUUACAACAGGUGGAAGACAUUACCAAAGGCCCACCUGAGUCAUUGAGCCACACAAAAAACAUGAGCGGCAUAAGGGACCCCACCCACUCAUGGUGGACAUUGAUAGCAACCAAGGAACCCGCUUUACCGUCCCUGAAGUUCAGGAAUGGGCCAGUAAAAGUGCCACACACUGGUAUUUUCACUGGUUCUACAAUCGCACUGCUGCCAGGCUCAUGGAGAGGAUGAAUGGACUACUUAGACAAUUAUGAGAUGGGACAGCCCCUGUUCACUCGACGUGUGAACCAGAGUCUAACUCAAGCUCUAUCAACUACAACCAAACAUCCCAGGAGCAAUCAUCCCAGUCUCAAUCAUGUUAACCUAGAGGCAACUAGUCAAUGCCAAGUUCAGCUGUUGACCACCGAAGGACUGUUGCUAACUCUCAGAAAGGACAAUAACUCACUUUGGGCCUUACUGCAGGAUCUACCCUCAGGAGAGCACACUGUAAAAUGGCCCUGGGACUGACAGUUCCAGACAUUUGUUAGAGAUGGAUAUGGACAAAAUGGCACCUGCACUAUUCUGGUACCUGUGAACCCUGUGGCAUGCUGGCUUAGCACUUAGGCCACCAGACAAGAACGGCACCACUCUGCUUGAGGAAUGAGCUCUUCACACUAACUGUUCACAGCACCAUUCUGAAAUGUCUUUGUCUGAGGCAAAGCUGCCCUGAGGAUGUUAAUACUGCAAUUCACAGACCUUUUGUUAGGCAAUAAGACCCAAAAUGACCUUUUCUACCUAGAUCUGCUGCUGCCAAAGAGAAUGAUCCAGAGAUCUUUGGAGCAGUGUAUGCACUUAGACUAUAGUAGCAAGAAAUCCAGGAUGCUGUAUAGAAGACAAUGUCUACAGAAGAUUUUGAGCUCCUGAGAGAAUGGCCCUAAGUACGUUCAGCAGGCACUAAUAAAGCCUGGCCUUUAUAUGCAUGGAGUUGGCUUGCCUGGAUUCAAGUCCCAGCCCCACCACAGCUUGAUACUCAACCUUGGGUGAAUGUUCCACUGAAGUGCACCAGGUGGUCUUCUGCUAUUAUACAUAAUACCACAAUGAACAUCUUUUAACAUGUAGAAAUGAUUAUGUACUUAUAUGAUUAUAUCUGUAGAGAGAAUGUCUAAAAGUGAAACUCUUCACUAUAAGGUUAGGCAAAUUUUAAAUGUUCAUGUAUAUUGCUAAACAGCCCUCCCGAGAGGCUAUACCAAAUUUGUACUCCAGGCAGUAUGUGUAGAUAUUUCUCCACACUUCUUUCUAUACUAUUCACUGGCAAUUUUAAUUUUUUAAUCUUUAUCAGUCUCAAAAGUGAAAGGAGAAAUUUGACUUCAAUUUGCACUUUAAUUUUUUGUAGACACCCAUCUUUUCACAUGUUAGUAGCCAUUCAUUAGCUUAUGCAUACCUCAUUCCCCAUUUUCUAUUGGAUACCUGGUGGGUUUUUUUAAAUUGAUUUAUAAAGUACCUGGUAGAUUAACAUCUUUGUAAAAGCAGAUCAUUUUGGAAAAUAAUUCUGAUUAAUUUCAGCCAUGAUGAAUAUUUAUAAUUUUGAGAAUUUUAUGGCAAUUGGCAUUACUAAAUGAAAAAUGAUAAACCCUCCCCAGGGAUGAAUAGUGAAAGGAUAUCAUCUAAGUUAUUACAACAAUAAUCAUUGAAAUAAUCCAGAUUACAUGUAAGGCACAAUGCAAAGAGGUCCAAGGUGUGAUCUCUGCCAUGAAGACAUUCACAGUAAAGAAGAGAUGAUGCAUUCACAUGAAUUGAUAAUAAUCUGAGACAAUAAAAGAAAUGAGUGAUAUGACCAUCAAUACUCUAGGAAUUGAGGAAAGAAAGCUAAUUUUCACUGGUGUGGCUAAAGAAUAUUACUUGAAAGAGGACACAUGCUUGAAUAGACAGAGAGAAAGAUUUCAAGAGUAUAAAAGUGAGAAGCAAAGAGAGGAAAGAGUAAAUAGACAAAGGUGAAUGGGUUAGAGGCUUGGAUGAGGGGACAGGGGAAAGUCUAUAUGGGGAAAGGUGAAUUGGAGUCAAACCACUGAAGGGCUUGGGUAUCUGGUUUAGCUUGGAUUCUGUGCUAUAGGAGCAAAUGAAUGUUUUUGACAAGAGCACUGAAAUAACAAAAAUAAUUUUUAGGAUGAUAACUUUGGCCAGUGAAAAAUAAAUGAAGAAAUGAAUGAAUGGAAAAUAUUGAGUUGGGACAGGGGAUGACUAUUGCAUUUAUACUUUCUGUAAGAGAACCAACAAUUUAGAGGAAAAGUGGUUUAUAUUUUCUUUAAUUUAUAAUACAUAAAACUGCUAUGGAACUAAUGCUACAUAAUGUUACCUGAGAAAAGAAGACUGAUCCAUACCCAGAAUUCUUUGUGUAUAUGUUGAAGAUUCCAGGGCAGUGCCUUUUUCUAAACCUGUGAUUCAGCUUUCAUACCCCUCCACUUACUCAUUCUAAUGACAGUAAGCAUUUCUUUGUUGGGUCUGGAAUUCAUAGCAGUUUUUUCACAGACCUAGAAGUCCCAAACAUGCUAUUGUCAUUACACCUCAUCUGUCAUCCUAAGGAAUGGCUUUAUUUAUUAUUGUGAUUUGGAGAAAUAAGGUGAUUGCAGACGGGGCUUAGAAUAAUGAUAGGAAGGUGUUGGCUUCAUAGAACCAGAAAUUCCUUUCUUACUUCAUUUCCCGUCCAUGUUGGUAAGGGAUAGGUAAUUGAUCUGAAAGCCCCCUGUACUGUAAAUGCAGCAUUCAUUCAACAAGUAUUUAUUAAGCAACUACAAUGUGUCAGGCACUGUGCAAAGCACUGGGGAACAUAUAUCACUGACUGGAGGAGAGUUUAAAAAAUAGAGCCAGUCUUUGCUGUUACAGUCUGAUGGGACAAAUAUAAACAGAGCCACAUUCUAUUACUGCUCCUCCUCACAGGUGACAAGGGGCAGAGAUCGUCUCUCAAAAUUUUCCCACAUGUAAUAACCCUAUUCUGUUGUUAGGGUUCUGAAAAACCCAUCUCUAGUUAAUUCCAUGUAUUCCAAUGUGUACUGAGGUAUAAUUCACUUCUGACUGGCCUAAGAGAAUAAAGGAUUCAAAUAAUAAUAUCUGGCAAACACUGCAAAAUACCAGACAUGCUAGUGGCCAUGGGGAUCACCAAAGAGUAAAACAUGGAACCAAACUAUAGAAUUGCAGAGAUACAGUAAGUGCAUUUGAAAAAGUAAACUUUUUAAUGUGGGAGAUAAGUACUAACUAGAUAACACAAACAGUAUGUGUUCUGGGAACUUAGAAAAGCAAGCAUCACUUUCAGAAGGCACUGUGCCUCAAAGGAUGGGUUGGGUUUGAAUAGGUAGAGGACUAAGGUGGUGUCUGUGGGAGUUAGUGACAGCCCUUCAAGUAUCAAGGAGGAAAGCCCAAUACAAAUUGACUUCUGCAGAAGGAGUGGUCCUGGGCACCCCAGCAUGGCUGCAGUCAUGGGGUCUUACAAUUUAAAUUGGUUUAUCUUUAUCUCUCCAUCUCAAGGUUCUGCUUUCCUCUGCACUAGCUUUAGUCCUGGACUGACUGUCUCUCUGUGGUAGCUGCCAGGCUUACAUCUUGUUCCCUUAACCAUCCAAAACAUAGACAGUUUCUCUUUCCCAAGAGUUCUAAAUGAACUCCUGUGAUUUACCCUGAUUAAACCAACUUAUAUCAUCUUCCCACUGCUGAGUCGAUCUCUAUAACUAGGCGGGUAGAAUUCACAGAUUGGCUAGGCCUGGGUUAAGCCUCCACCCCUGGAACACAAGCAGGUGGGGUCAGCCCCAUCUAAACCCUACUAGAAGAAGAGCAAGAAAGUGGUAGCACCCCAGAGAAAAAAGUUAUGCUGUAAUUAGAAAAAUAACAACAAUCAUCAUCAUUAUUGCAAACACUCUAUAAUAAAAAACUUAGUAUGAACUGGGUACUGUUCUAACCAACUUUUGUAGGUUACUUAUUUUAUCCUAACAUCCCUGUGAGGUGGGUAAUCUUAUCCCAUUUUCAGAUGGGGAAACUGAAGCAUGGAGCUGUUAAGUAAUUAUCACAUAGCUAGUAAAGGGCAGAUCAGGGGGGGUGAACACAAGCCAUCAGACUGCAAGUCCAUGGCCUUACCCACUACAGCAUAUUAAAAUUAAUUUCUAUACACAGAGAAAACAAGUUAUGACUUAAGCUCAAAAAUGAACAAAGUAUAUGAAGAACAAUGAGAAGAUGGGCAGAUCAGAAAGACGGUAAUUUUGGUCUACUAUCACAGCUAUAGAAACAAUAUCCAGGAAGCUGACAGGUUGUGCCAUCUUCAUUAAGAGGUCAAGUUCUGACUAGAUCCAGGCGAUCAUCAACUGAACUUCCAAGGGGAAUGGAAUGGUCACCACAGAAAACUCAACUAUUCCCCAAAGGCUAUUCCAGCUCAAUCUUCUCAACAGCUUGUGGUUCACACUUUUAUACAAUUUACCAAGGACUGAUUUCACAUCUACGUCUGACUCUCUCUCUCUCUCCUGCUCUGAAACAGCAUUCAUGCAACAUAUAUAGAUCUUAGUUAAAACUAACAAUGCGUCUAAAAACACACACGAAAUCAAACAAUUGCCAUUUGGCACUGAGAAACAGCAGAUCCAGGCUUGAGUCUGUUUAUUGUGCAUUUCCUGAUGCAAAGAAAAGCAAGCACAGUCAAGAAAACACCACAAAGCAUUAUAUGGCGACAGCUUGUGUGCUUCAGAAGAGAAAUGGAUACAUUAGGAAAAGUUUUUCUCCCUUUGAUGUAGAAUAUGCUAUCUUUUUUUGCAUUAAAAUGGGAGUUAACUUUAAAUAAAUAAAAUUCAGCCUGUAGGCUUCAGAAAACUAAUGCUCUCUUUUGACAGUGUCAUUUCUCUGAUCCCUGAAAGCAUUAUGGGAGUUAACCUGGGCCUUCAUCAUGCUUUUCCUUUAUGGUAUGGAGAGCACAUUAUUUUUUCAUCUCUCUUUUACUGGUUUCCUCUUACUUCCUCUCACAUUUUCUCUUUGCCAGCUGUUACUCUGCCCUUUCUGCUUCUCCAAGCGCUAUGAGGGCAGGUAGAGAAGGAGUUUCUCCUGUGUCUUUGUUGCAGGUGGUCCAGGAAUGGCUGCCUUAGUGCUCCAUCCUCAGAAGAAAACCUCUUCACUGCUUGCUUUAAAAUACAUAUAUAUUUAUGCCAAAGGCCCUAGACCUGCCCUCAAGAAAAGAUGAGAAUGAGCCUCACAUUCCUACGAUGAAGCGGUGGAAAAAUCUGCAAUUUGUACUUAGCACAUCUUUAACUGGACUUAACAAUGUGCCCCCUCCAUUCAGGAUACAGCAUGCAUGAGCCUGGUAGAUGAUGAAACUGCUGUUUUCUUUUGUGGUUUGUAUUUUCCCAAAGAGCCUUGAAUAGUCAAAUAUCAGGUGAUUUGAACCCGCUAGAAUAUGGCAAUGAAAUGAAGUCUUUUUUCUUUGAAACAAAAUUAUUUUAGGUAAGUGAGUAUGUAGAAAUCUCAAAUAAGGUGUGGUAUUCAACAAAAGAAAAAACACUGAUAACAAGUGUUUUUACCCUUGUAAUUGUCCAUUUUGGUCAUUCUUAGUGUUCUAGCAAUUGCUUUUAAAAAUGAGUGUAUUUGAAACAUGCAAUACUACAACUGGAGAAAGAAAAUCCUUUAAUAUAAAAAGUUGCCACGAUUAAAGAGUUUUGCAAAAUUUCUUGGUUAUUAAUAAGAUUUGGAAACUUUGAGCUUCCAUAGUCUAACUUUUUAAAAUGAGAGGUGUUUGUGUGUAAGGAAGGGGGAAUUUAUGAAACUAUAUGCAAAACUGUGCAUGCAUAUGCAUAUGUUUGUGUUCUAGAGAAAGGCUUCUUGGCUUUCAUCAGUUCCCAGGAGGGUUUGUGACAGGAACAAUUCCCAAUGUGCCUGUUUCAUUUUUCUUUCCCACACCAAUCCUCCCUUUCUUCUUUGCAGUCAAUAGUGCUCUAUUUUUCCCUUCCCAGAUGAACUGCUCUUUUUGUUUUCUGAUCAAGUGAGGCUGAGCCAGGGGAGCUCAGGAGCUGGAGCCCUGAUGGUGCUGGUGGCAGACAGAUGGCAAGGCUGCUAGGAGUUGUGCAGUGAGUGGCCUCUGGAUGAGCUGUUAGGAAGAUGGACGGUGUCACCUUGACCCACCCUGAAUAGCAUCUUCCAGAAGGGAAAUGGGGCAUCCAAGAUGCCACCCAUGUAGCCAAACUUCCAUUACACUGAGGAUAGGUCAAAUAAGACUGUCAAGGGGAAAAACUGACUUGGACAGUAGUUUUCCCUAAAUACUUUACUGUUAUCUUUUUUUCAUUCAAUUUUAUUUUCACUUGAUGUCUGGAUAUAUUAGUUUUCCCUAAAUACUUUACUGUUAUUUUUCUUCAUUCAAUUUUAUUUUCAUUUGAUGUUUGGGGGGAUAUUUUCCCCAUUUUCCUUAGUUUCUAUAUCCACUGCAACAUCCUAACACUCUAAUUUGCUUUCUAUGAGACAAACAGGAAGUAUUGCUUCUGGCAAGAUAGGGUUUUCUGUCCUGUUGAUUGAUGGGUUAAUUUUUAUUGAGCACAGUGUGCUACCAACAGAACCAAAAAUCCAAGACAGAAUUCCAGCUCUAGGAAUUUAUGUUCUAAUGAAAAGUAAGACAGACAACACAAGCAAUCCUCCCAGUGUAUUUUUUAAUGAAUAUUUCCUUCUAUUUCUCUCUCUUAAAGUGAGUCUACCUAAGCCAAAAGUACAUAAUAAGGCAACCAUACAGAUAAGUUGGGCCCCAAAACAUGCUCUUUUUUACAAAAAGAGCCAACUGGAUCAGGAAGCCAGAGGUGGGGGGGCAGUUUCAUCAAAAGAAUUUCACUAAUCAUAUUCGCUGAGUGUUGUUCUGUGUUGGAAUUUAAGGGUCAAACAUUUCUCUAGAUUAUUUUGGUUCUAUUCUAUGUCAAGUUAAAUUAUGUCAAGUUAGAUUAAAGAAAGUUACAUUUUUGGACUAUGUAAGUAGUUUAACCCCACACAGAAACCCCUUCACUGAAAUACAACUCAAUACUGUAUGGCUUAAAUUCAUCAAGGAGCUGAUGAUUUUAAAAUAGUUAUUUGAACAAUGUUUCAUUGUCCCUCAUUUCUGUGUCUAUGAUAUAAGGAUUCAUAUGAUCAUGUCUUCAGGAAGUUAGUGGUCCCCAAAAAGAAGUUACCCAUUCCACACCAUUCUCUUUCCUUUCAUCAAGCACUCAAAGCUAAAUAAUCCAGAGUGUUUUCCAAUUUUCUCAGAGCGGAUUUCAGUGCUUAAAUGAAAUGUCUCACCUCUGAAUCAGACACAAUAUUUCUGAGCCACCAUUUCCUCAUUUAUAAAAUGAAAUGUAUUGGAGAUGAUGAUCUUUUAAGAUUCAUUCCAGCUCUGAACCACCAUACACACACACACACACACACACACUCACUCACUCACACACACACACACACACACCCUCUUAUAUGACUUCUGAUCUCAUUCAUAUCUUUAUUUAAUUGCAACAGAAGCUACAUAAGAGCCUGGGCCAUGUCUGUCUUGUUCACCCAUAUAUUCCCCUGUUCCUGGCACAUAAAUGGAGUACACUAAAUAUAUCUUGAAUGAAUAAAUUACCUAAUGCUCAUAGCAAUGUGUUCUGUUGCGAGAUGCCUUGAAUCCUUCUUUGGAAGGAAGCAAAGUCCAUAUUAUAAAUUAUCAUGACCUAUUUGUAUAUAAAUCUUACAUCAUACUUAACAAUCUUACAUUUACUCUGCCUGUGUAGCUACAGAUAAAAUUCUGGCAUUUCUUUCUCCUACCUUUUUUUUGUACUGAAGUCAUCCUGUUGCAUACCUUUUUCAUAAAAUUUCAGUUUAAAAAUAAAGCUAAAACUCAGGACAUGAAACUUGCAUGCAGGUAACUAGAGCUUGGGCUGCUGGGAAAGACCAGUGAGGCCAUGUCUGCUGCCACCAAACCUACCAGCUGACAGCUGGUCCAACAACAACACAAAGGGAACAAGGCUCCUUGCUCCCUAACCUAACAAUGUUAAAUUGCCCUGCCCCCCAAUAAUGGGUCUGAUCCUAAAGAACUAGGCAGAAUGAGCCAACCACAGCCCCAGAGGCCCCCAAAGCUCACACUGCUCAUUGAAAGGGUCCAUGGUGAGGGGUAGGGUCAAGACACCUCUAACAAGGUUAAAUAUGCUGGUGUUAUUUUUUUCCUAAUGUGUCUGAGAUUCUUGCCUAAACAGCAAUCUUAGCCAGAACACGGACAUUGUCUCUAAGUUAGGUGGAUGGCAGGGAGUUAAGGGAUGGAUCAUGAGGAAGAUAAAGUAGGACUGGAAAUAGAGGUGGGAGAGUUAAAGUACCUGUGGAAUUCAUUUUCUGGCCCUAAACCUCUAAUACAUUUGAUGGGCAAUGCUGCUAUCUAGUGGCCAAGUGAGAUGAGCACAGGUUCCAAUUAAAUGGCCACACAAUUUAGGGGCAUUUGUUGUUUGGGAUUUCGUGUCUAGUGUUAAGAUUAUUUUGCUUUUAAAUUAUAAAAUGAAAAAACAGACAUUUUGCCCAAGCACAUAACUUUGCAUAAAAGAAUGCUUGUGACUUUUCUCCAUUCCUUCACUUUUUCUCCAUGAUGUCCUUUGAGGCAGUGUAGGGCCUUCCCAGCAAACCCCUUAGUCCUUUUACCUGAAAUGGCCUAGGAAAGUUGGCACCUCUCAUACCCUUUAGGUGCAUCCUUCUUAAGAACCACAGGGGAAGGCGUGGGGUGGCAAUGUGCCCUCACUUCUCCCUUCCAUUGGAAGACUCUGACCUUAUUUCCUCAUAUGGCUGCUUCCUUCUCAUCACUUAGCUCCGUUCAGAGCCCACCUGACUACAGCAGCACCAAUCCACCCCCACCUUCCCAGGGUAUCAAUCCUCGGCACAUUAACAUUCUUCUGGCUUCAUACAGCUCAUCGCCUUUCAAAAUUGUUUACUUGUUUCUUUAUUUUGCGUCUCUCUCUUUCCCAUCAUAAUACAAGCUUUAUAACAGCAGGGACCUUAUCUGUUUUUUUCACUGAUAUCUCUCCAAACACUGGGAAAUAUUGUAAGUGCUUGGCAGACAGCAGACUCUUAAUAAAUACUUUUGGAUGAAUGAAUGAGUGAUUGAGAGAAUAUCUAUCUCCUAAGCCUUUUCCUCCAAUAGCAGUAUUUUUGGCUAAUAUCUUACCACUGCUAAUGUUAGAUAAAUGGGAUGUGGAGGUGUAGAAUUUCACUUGGCAACUGUAAGGUAUGAAAUCUCUGACUAUGCAUUGGCAGAGGUAGCAGAUUAUGAUUAAAAACUAUUAGUACCAGGUUUAAUUUAAUUGUUUAAGUCUGAUAAUUAUGUUUAUCCCUGUAUACUCAGCAAAAAGUCCUAUAAUAUACAGGUACAGUUUUUCUAAAACAAUAGAAAAACACAAAAAAGAUAUACAAAAGAGUAAGAAGAUAAAGGAAAUUUUCAUGGUCUUGUUACGAAUCUUGUAAAUACAUGUCAGUUGGUAGUAGACACAAUUUAAUUGAUUUAAGAAGAUUUUUUUAAAGAAAGGAGUUCCCUGGUGGCCUAUCGGAUUAAGGAUCCAGUGUUGUCACUGCUGUGGAAUGGGUUCAGUCCCUGGCCUGGGAAUUUCCACAUGCUGCAUGUGCAGCCAAAAAAAAAAAAAAAGAAGAAGAAAAAGAUAGACAACUCCACCAUCCCAGGACAGUUUUUUAAGAGCACUGUACCCCUUCUUGGUAAUACCAGCAUAUACUAUGUUGUAGUCACCACAAUAUCUGCCUCCAUUAUAUCUUUUAAAGCAAAUAUUUCAGUUUCCUUACUUAAUUGUAGAACCAUCUGUAUAAGACCUGUUUUGAUAGCCCGCUUAUAUCAGGGCUUUUUGUUUUCUUUUUGUUUCAUUUUUCCUUCCUUCUUUUCCUAUAUAAAACAUAAUACGCCAGGCCAGUGCACAAAAAAAAAUUCUGAGCUGCUCUGGUGAAAGCCAUGUUGGGGACACAGAGUCUCACCCAAUGGGCCUCUUCCACAAUUCUGUUCUCUCUCUCCUACCCUCCUCUCAUUAUGAAGCCCACUGAAUCCCCUCCGUGGGGCUGAAGGAUUCCUAAAUACAGAAAGAGACCAACAGGAAUAUAUCACACCCAUAGUGAUCCCAAUACUUCUGAAAAAUAUUUUCAUAUCGUACUCUUAAUUAUGGCUAAAGAACAUCACUUAUUAAACAAGCUAAUGUGUGAUUUCCAUACAUUGUUCAUUCAGUAGAUACUUUAUUUGUGGAUUCUGUUCUUAGCGUGUGUUGGGCUUUGAUAAGUGCAAGGAAUACCUGCAAAACAGACAGGGCCUCUGCUUUCACAGAGCUUAGUGUAGUGGGUGAUAGUGAUAAAUUAGCACAGGAUUAUAAUACAAGGUAGCAAGUGUGAUGAUAGGGAAAAUAUAGAGGGCAGUAUGUAUGUGUAUAUAGAGAGAGAGCAUAUCCAACAGGAGUUUGAAAGAUCAGGAAAAGCUUUUUGGAGGUGGAGAUACAGAUAAAGGAGGGGAAGAGUCUGAAGAGAAAUUUCCACUAAGAGGAUAACAAGCAUACAUAGGCCUGGGGUGAGAAAGAGCCUGGCUCAAUCUGAAGAACUGGAAGGAGCUAUUUCAGUGGAGCAUCAAGUGUGUGGUGAAAGUACAGGAGAGAAGGGAAAGACAAAGCCGGAGAGGUGAGCAGAGUCUACAUCAUUAAGGGUCUUAUAAGUCACUGUAAAAAGGUGAGACUUCAAGAGUUCCCUGGUGGCUCAGAGAGUUAAGGAUUAGACGUUGUCACUGAUGUGGCUCUGGUUACAGCUGCGGCACAGGUUUGAUCCCUGGACUGGGAACUUCCACAUGCCAUAGGUGUGACAAAAAAAAAAAAAAAAAAAAAGAAAGAAAGAAAGAAAACAGUCUAGACUUUUUCAGUCUAGACUGAAGUAUAGACUUGAACUGGAAAGCAAUAUAAACCUCUUGAAAAGAAUAUAAUCAGGAAAAUGAGGUGACCAAUUUGGCUGUAGUGUGAAGAAUGGCACAAAGACUGAUUAAUGUGAUCAAUGAGGGGGAUGUUGUAGCAAUGUAAAUGAAAAAUGAUGGUGGACUGAUUCAAAAAAUGACCACUGAGAUGGAGAGACAGAUAGAUUCAAGAGAUAUUCAAAAGGAAGCCUGCUUGAUUGAAGAUGGCGGUGGGGUGAAAGUAAAGCAAAGGAAAAGGAUAAUGCCCAGGUUUCCAGCUUGAGCCACUGAGUGGAUGGAGACCCCAUCACUAAAAUAGGGGAACUAACAUGUGAAGAAAAGUAAUCAGUUUUAUUGGGACAUGUUGUGAUACAUAUCCGUGGGACAAGCAAGUAGAAAGAAUCAGGAUGUAGUUGUGUGUGUGGAUUUGAAACUCAGAGAAACUAUGGGCUGAAGAUAAAGAUUCAGGCAUCAUCAGCGUAUAUGUCAGGUGGUUCUUGAAGCCAUGCAAACACUUAAGACAUCCAGAGGAUUUUGUAGAGGGAAAAAAAAGAGGGGGGGGCAUAGAACUUUGUGGGGAACAAUACAUGUAAGGGGCAAACAGAAGAGGAGCCCCACAUGAAACAGGGAAGGAAGACUAGAAGGUAGAAGGUAAAUUUUUGGAAGCCAGAGGAAGAGUGUGUUUCAAGAAGGAGAGAAUGGUUGACUAUGCUGGAUUUUACUGAGAUAUAACUGAGAAAUGUUUUUUUUGGAUUUUUUUCACUAAGCGACCUUAGUGAAAACAGUUAUCAGUGGAAGUCAUAAAAAUUAGAAGUCACAUUAUGAUAAAGUCAAAGGAAGAAGAGAAAGUAAAGACAAUAGUGAGACAAUUCUUAGGAGGUUUAACUAUAAGAGAUAUGGUAGGAGUUCCCAUCGUGGCUCAGUGGUUUACAAACCCGACUAGGAUCCAUGAGGACACAGGUUUGAUCCCUGGCCUCGCUCAGUGGGUUAAGGAUCCGGCAUUGCCAUGAGCUGUGGUGUAGGUCACAGAUGCAGCUCAGAUCUGGCGUUGCUGUGGCUGUGGUGUAGGCUGGCAGCUGCAGCUCGAUUGGAGCCAUAGCAUGGGAAACUCCAUAUGCCAUGAGUGCGGCCCUAAAAGACAAAAAAAAAAAUAGAAGUCACAUUGUUAUAAAGUCAAAGGAAGAUGAGAAAGUAAAGACAAUAGUGAGACAACUCUUAGCAGGUUUAACUAUAAAAGAGAUAUGGUAAGAGUUCCCAUCAUGGCUCAGCGGAAACGAAUCUGAUUAGUAUCCAUGAUAGUAUGCAUGAGGAUGCAGGUUUGAUCCCUGGCCUUGUUCAGUGAGUUAAGGAUCCGGCAUUGCCCUGAACUGUGGUGUGGGUUGCAGACUCGGCUUGGAUCUGGUGUUGCUGCGGCUGUGGUGUAGGCCAGUGGCUAUAGCUCCAAUUCGACCCCUAGCUGGAAACCUCCAUAUGCUGUGGGUGUGGCCUUAAAAAGACAAAAAUAAAAAAUAAAAAAAAAGUAAAAGAUAUAUGUAAUAACAAAAUAGAAAUGUGAGAUCAAAGGAGAUUGUUUGGUAUGGGUUUAUGUAGAAAUACUGAUGGAAAGGAAAGUAUUAUUUCUAUUUUAUAGAGAAUCAAGGAAGUUAAGCAGUAUGUCUAAAUUUAUAUAACUAACAGAGCCAGGAUUCAAACCUAGGUCUGCCUGGUUCCAAAGUCCUUGUUCUUAAUUAUAAAGAGUGUACAACUCAAUUCUAGGUGCUGGCUUCCCAAAAGAAUUUACUAUAUCAGAGUCAUAUUCCAAGUAGUACUAUGGGGAAAAGGCAUAGAUCCGGUACCCCAGCACUAAUUUUAUAGAGCAGGAAACUACAUCUAACAGUGUCUGGCUUAAGCUUACACAGCUCACUGGUGGCAAAUCUCAGCUCUGAAGUUCAGUGUUCUUUGUCUUCUUUUAUUCUAACUCUCAUAGCAUUUCCACUUGGUUUAGAAGCACAUUUGGAGUUUGGAGAGUAAAGCAUAAAGGACCUUGAUAAGACAACCGACUGGGUUAUGCGAUUUAGAUUUGCUGUAUGAAUAUCUAUGUCACUCUUUGUGAGGCUAAAAUGAUCUCUAAAAACUCUGCUUAGCAUGCUAAGAUGUAAAUAAGUAGAAUUCUGAAGAUAUAUAAUGAAUCUCCUAUAUAUUUCUAGUAAAAUAUAUCAAAAUCA